CAGAGGUUGGAUUUGGCACCGCGCGCUGGAAGAGACGCGGGCUGGGUACGGGCAGUGCGUGGCGCGUCACUCCCAGGCUGGGGCGUGUGUGCGUGUGCACGCGUGUGACUCACGUAUUCAUCUGCUGCUCCACGCUCGCACGCACACACAGAGACGCCUGAGUCGUCCUUUAUUAUCAUCUCGCACCCGCGCGUGUUCCUGCAGAUGUCGAAUUCUUCUUGCGGACGAAUUCCAGAUUUAUCUGCAAUGUAAUAAAUGUGUUCACGUCGAUUUCAACCGUAAUCAUCUUUUUUUGGGGCUUAAUUCGCUAACAAAUUGACAUUCGUAGCCUCUGCAGCUGUGUGCAUUAUUGCUGCAGCGGGCAUAAUUUUCUGAGGAUUAUAUAUACACGUUAGAAUUAUGCGUUAGCUCUUUGACCCGCGAGACCGAUGUCGGGACAUUAAUGACCAGUAAGCGUUAUUACGAGCUACCGGUCGUAGUGGAUGUUCAGCAAACAGGACAGACAGACAGAUAGAGACAUUGCUGGAUUAGAGUUGAUCAUCCUGCAGAAGUAACCAUCCGUCGUGGAUGUUCAGCAAAGGAGACAGACAGAUAGAGACAUUGCUGGAUUAGAGUUCAUCAUCCUACAGAAGCUAUCGUCCGUAGUGGAUUUACAGCAAAGGGGACAGACAUACAGAGACAAUGCUGGAUUAGAGUUGAUCAUCCUACAGAAGCUACCGUCCGUAGUGGAUUUACAGCAAAGGAGACAGACAGAUAGAGACAUUGCUGGAUUAGAGUUGAUCAUCCUAGAGAAGCUAUAGUCCGUAGUGGAUUUACAGCAAAGGGGACAGACAUACAGAGACAAUGCUGGAUUCGAGUUGAUCAUCCUACAGAAGUAACCAUCCGUAGUGGAUGUUCAGCAAAGGAGACAGACAGACAUACAGAGACAUUGCUGGAUUCGAGUUGAUCAUCCUGCAGAAGGCGGCUGUUUCCACGGCUGAGCGGUGGGCUGCGGGUCAGCACAGAUGGAUGUCCACAACGGAUUUCUGCACAAAUACGGGGGAUUUCUGGUGAAGCGCUGGCGGCAGCGUUACGUGGCGGUGGAAGAGGACGGCUCGUUGUACAUCGCCAGGGGUCCCGGGGCGUGCCCGCGGGGCCCCAUCGCCCUCCCGAGCGCCUGCAGGGCAGUGGUGCCGGGCCUCGAGGUGGGCUCCCUGCCACCGCUCCCGACAGGGGCCCGGCCCGAGUGCUGCCUGGCCCUGCAAUUGCUGGGAGGCAAGCACGUGUUCCUGCUGGCGGGCGACGCGAGCGAGUUCAGGCGCUGGUUCGGCAUCUUGAUGCAAGCCAGGAAGGGCGUCCUGUGUCCACUGGACGGGCGACUCACGCCGUCUGCCUGGCCAGCCGACCCGGCCACUCGCGACAAACAACAGCGGCGCAGAGUCGCCGCCGCCGCCAGCAGCACCAGCACCGCCGCCUCACCAUCCCCAGCGCUCUUCCGUCUCGUCUACGCUCCGCGCUACCCUCGUUCAUCGCCGCACGCCGCCGCCGCCGCCGCGCAACCCGCCCUUCCGCCGUGCUACCACAGGCGACACGAGCGGCCCUGCGUGGACCUGGCCUUCCUAGUGACCGUCGAAACGGUGGCCGGGCCCGCGUUGGGCCUCGUGGCCCCGGGGUCGGUUGCCUCCAUCGAAGGGGCAGCGCUGCGUGAGUGCAUACUGGGGGCGAUGGGCGGUGGCGGCGGUGGCGGAGAUUUUGUGGAUUACGACGGCUUCGAGGGCGCGGAUUUCGGCGCGUUCUCGUUUUGA